UGGGCGGGGAACGGCGGCGACUGGCCUCGCCCGCAUACCUGCGGGGGUGGGCGGGCCGAGCCCGCAGGAGCCCCGCGGCCGGAUGGCGCCGUCCCUGGAUCCGGCGCAGGUUUUGGUGACCUUCAAGGAUGUGGCUGUGACCUUCACCCAGGAAGAGUGGGGACAUCUGGACCUGGACCAGAGGGCCUUGUACCAGGAGGUGAUGCUGGAGACCUGUGGGCUUCUGGUCUCAUUGGGGCAUCCAGUUCCCAAAGCAGAGUUUGCCCACCUGCUGGAGCAUGGGCAGGAGCUGUGGACAGUAAAGGGAGGCCUCUCCCAUAGCACCUGCUCAGGUGACAGCAUGAGACUUCAGACGAGGGACCCAAGCACUCCUCAGCUGGUUUUGUCUGAGGGAGUCUUGCUCCAGGGAAGCCUGACUCAGGGAUCUUCAAAGGACUCCAGGUUGGCGCACGACAAGGAUUGGGAAGGGCUUGUGCAAAUGCAGAAAGGUCAGUUGAAGCCUGGGACAGAUGCUCAAAAAGAGACCCAUCUUGGGAAAAUGAGCCUUGAAGAUGGUGGUUUGGGGACAGAGGAUAAUCUGCACUCCUGGGUGUUACAGGAAAGAGUGUCUCAGGGACAUGUUCUCCAUGAAUGUGACCCACAGGGAUGCAGUAAAGGCCGUACGAUUCAUGCCGGGAAUAUUGUCUACAAAUGCAAGCAGUGUGGGAAGGGUUUUAACCGGAAGUGGUACCUUGUUCGACAUCAGCGGGUUCACACUGGAAUGAAGCCAUAUGAAUGCAAUGCAUGUGGGAAAGCCUUUAGCCAGAGCUCAACCCUUAUUCGCCACUACCUCAUUCAUACGGGGGAGAAACCAUACAAGUGCGUGGAGUGCGGGAAGGCCUUCAAACGCAGGUCCUACCUCAUGCAGCACCAUCCAGUUCACACUGGGGAGAAGCCCUACGAGUGCAGCCAGUGUCGAAAGGCCUUCACCCACCGCUCUACUUUUAUUCGGCAUAACAGGACCCACACUGGAGAAAAACCCUUUGAGUGCAAAGAAUGUGAGAAAUCCUUCAGCAACAGAGCACAUCUGAUUCAGCACUACAUCAUCCACACGGGAGAAAAGCCCUACGAUUGCAUGGAGUGUGGGAAGGCCUUCAGAUGCAGCUCAGAACUCACGCAGCACCAGCGGAUUCACACCGGGGAGAAGCCCUAUGAGUGUGCCCAGUGUGGGAAAGCCUUUCACCGGAGCACGUACCUCCUUCAGCACUCUGUCAUCCACACGGGGGAGACACCGUACAAGUGCCUCGAGUGUGGGAAGGCCUUCAAACGCAGGUCACACCUCCUGCAGCACCAGCGAGUUCAUACUUGAGAGAAGUGCUCUUGGUGCCGUGAAUGUAGAAAGGCCUUCGCCUGCUGCUGCUCUUCUGUCCAUCAUGAGGGGAGCACAGUGGAGGAAACAAAAACCAAACAAAAACCCUCUUAGUAUAAAGAAUGUCAGAGAGGUUGUUUUUGGGUCUUCAGGCACAUGAGUGGUCAUACUGGAAAGGAGGCCUGUGAUGCAGUGAACAUGAGAAAGCCUCCAGCCACUGCUCUCCGCCCACUCACCAUGGGGUUCACACCGGAAAGAAUUUUGAGAAGGCAGGUCACUCAUGGGUCCACCUCUGUCUGUGCCAGAGAAAGCCUCAGGGAAACACAUUCUGAAUGCAACUACUGAGGAGUCAUUUUAGCAGGAAGAAGAUACUUACUUAACCAUCUGAGAAUGUGUAACAAACGGGAACCACAUCCUUGUCAUUACUGUGAGAAAACCUGUGACAGUUCAGCACUUAAGAGUCAGAUGGAAUGGGACACAGCGUAGGCCUUACUGUGAGAAGGAUGUGGGAGACAGGCAGUGGGUACUGUGCACUUACAAAGACCUCCAACCACACAUUUUCCCCUUGGUUGUUGCUUAGAAAGCCAUCUCAGCAUUUUUUUUUUUUUUUAAAGGAGGAGGAAAAGGGGAUGGAAAUCUAGACUAUAAAUGGAAAAAACAAAUGUCUUCACAAACUGUCAGAUUUCCCUGCCAAACCUCUUACAGUUUUUCAUCAGUUUUAUUAUUUUGGUUGUGGGGAAUGUUGGAGAGAAAGGGUCUCAGCCCUUCAUUUUUAUGUGUGUUUAUGGCUCUUCUGUGUCAGGAAGCUGUCGUGAGGACAACUCUAGAGACGUUUGCUGGAAGCCUUGUUGCACCCAUCUCUACCCACAAGGAGCAUCAUUCUUUGU